AUUACAGAGUGAAAACAGGCGGAAAACAGAUGGACGUGUUUUAACUGACAGGAAACACUGGAUUAACGAAGAAAAACUUUAAAACGAGCUGGUUUGGGAAACUCAGUCUUCCUCCAUCAUGGCAGCAGACAGCAUCUCUCGCUCUGGCUCAGCAGCUCCCAGUCUGGGCUUCGAGGAUUAUUCUUUCUACAGUAACCUGAGUGAUGAAGAAGUGCUGCAGCUCGCCAUCGAGCGCAGUCUGACUGACACACACUGCAAUAACGCCAACGCAACCAGCAAUACAACCAGCAACGCAACCAGCAACGCAACCAGCAGCCCUGCUGCUGCCCCCAUGCAUUCUCACCAACCUGCCAGCCUGAACUCUGCAGCCAGAAACACCAACCAACCCAGACACAACUCCCAUAAUCCAACUGCAAACUACAGCUCCCAUAAUGCCCCUUCAACCCCGACCACUGCGCACUACAGUUCUCCAAAUCCUCCAAGUGAAAAGCCUCCUGAUCUGAAGACGUUUGAUGGAACAGUCAGUCACUUCAUGACGGGCUCUGGGAAGCGGAUGGUGGUUUAUCGCACAGCUGAUGGCAGUCUGGUCCACCUUGCUCCAGAACCUGAAGAGGCGGAGGAGCCUCUGUUCAAAGCAAUCCGUGUUGGAGAUAAGAGCAGAGUGAGAGCUUUAGCCAAAUGUCCAGGAACCAACUUGAUGCUGCCGAGUAAACCGGGCUGGCUUGCUAUUCACCAGGCGGCGUGGUAUGGCCAGGACACCUGUCUGAGAAUUCUGCUGUCAGCUCAGCCGGGGAUGAUCAAUAAGCGAACGGAGCGCGGUGAGUCAGCGCUGCUGGUCGCUGUCAGCAAAGACCAACUACGAUGUAUCCAGGUGCUGCUGGAAAAUGGAGCUGACCCUGACAUCACAAACCAUGACAAAGAGACUCCGCUCUACAAAGCCUGUGAGAGGAACAGUGCUGCGAUGGUGGCAGCAUUGUUGAACCAUGGAGCAGCGGUGAACACUCAUUGCAUUCAGGGUUGGACUGCGCUGCAAGAAGCUGUGGUUCAAAACAAUGUGGAGAUCUGUGAGAUGCUGCUGAAGGCUGGAGCCAAACACAACCUCAGCAAUAUGUAUGGCAUCUCACCACUGUUUACUGCAGCUCAGAGUGGGCAGCUCGCAACCCUGCGAUUCCUCCUUAAACAUGGUGCAGAUAUCAACAGUCAGGCUGGUGAUGGAGCCACUGCUCUGUAUGAAGCUGCUAAAAAUGGACAUGAGGAAAUUGUGAAACUCCUCCUCUCACAAAAUGCUGAUGCCAACAAACCUGGAAAGACCGGAUUAUUACCACUUCACAUUGCUGCCCAGAGAGGAAGUGAUACUAUUGUGUCCAUGUUGAUCCCAGCCACCAGUAAGGCCAGAGUCUGGCGGACCGGCAUCAGUCCGCUUCAUGUGGCAGCUGAGCAUAACCAUGACGACGUGCUGGAGGCUCUGAUCGAGGCAGGCUUCGAUGUCAACGCUCAGCUGUCUGAGGAACGAUCAAAGCUGUACGAGGACCGCCGCAGCACAGCGCUCUACUUCGCUGUCAUCAACAAUAACAUUGAUUCUGUGUGCAUGCUGCUGGCGGCUGGUGCCAACCCAAACCUGGAUGUGUUCAAGCCGCUGAUGGUGGCAGCGAGGCUGGGCUGCAUCCAGACCGUCACCCUGCUGGUGGAGCACGGAGCUGACAUUAAUGCUUGCAUUCCCACCCACCCCACCACCUUCCCCGCUGUCUACAUGUUCUCCAUGAAAAACCUCCCCAUGUUCAAGUACCUGCUGGACCAUGGAGGUCAUGCCCUCUCCUGCUUCAACUGUAUCUACGGCAGCCAAUCUCAUCCACCAAUCAAAACCACCCGAUCAGAGAGACAUGACCUCCGCUACAGCAACAGAUUCCUAGCAGAGACACAGUUGAUGCGAGGAGUUCAGUUCUGUGAGAUGAUCUCAGCCCCCAGUAUCUGUCGGUGGGCGGGGCCAAUCAUUGAUGUCCUAUUGGACUACGUUGGUCAUGUGACACUCUGCUCCAGACUGAUGGAACACCUGGACAGUUACUCAGACUGGAGCGUCAUCAAGGAAAAAGCAGCUCCCCCACGGCCGCUGAUGCAGCUCUGCAGGCUGCAGAUUCUGCAGCUCGUUGGAUGUCGACGUGUGAAGAAGUUACCGCUGCCUGGAGGUCUGAUCCGCUUCCUGCAACACCAGGAGGGAUCACUUGACGACUGAUGAAAUUUUGCAGCAUUUUAUUUAUGCUCUGUGAGGCAGGGCUGCCCACAGGCCCUGGGGAUGAAGCUGGCUGUCGGAGGGUGUACCCCGUAGAAAUAUAGAUACGAAUUAUGAAACUUUAACCAGAAAAAAAUAAAUAAAUUGUAUGACAAAUGAAUCAAUUAAUUGCUCUAUUAAGUAGUUAAUUAGAUUGAUAAAGUCAUAUCUGAUAACAGUAUUUAUAAUAGUAGCAGUAGAAGUAGUAGCAUGAGCUAGAGCAAUGGUGAAUAGUGAAAGUACUAAUAGUGAGGGCAGUGGUAAUAAUGAUAACAAUAAAAAGACAAGAAAGAAACACAUGAAUAGGCAUGUUGAUAAUAGCUGAGGUAUGGUGUGGAAGGAAUGCAGGAAAGGAUAAAUAAAAAGAUGGUUAAAUAAAUAUAGAAAUAACACUGACAAUAAUAGUAAAAGAAGUAACAAAUAGUGAUAAUAAUAAUAAUAAUAGUUAAAUACUGAUAACAGUGAUAAUAUGAAAAGCAUACUAUUGAAGAUCCUUGUCAUUAUCGCCACCAAUAAUAAUGGGGACAGCAACAACACCAACCUCAACAAUAGCAAACUUUAUCAUAACAUUAGCGUAAUAACGAUAAUAAAUAAAGGCAGUAAUAAUCAUAAUAAUAGUGUGGAUAUAUAUUAAAAAGGAGUCUAGUUAUUAUGAAAUUAGACGAAAAAACACCAAAAAGACGUUAUUGUAGGGUAGGUAUCAGGAGUGAAAAUGAGUGUUGUGCUGUGUAUGUCAUUCAAGAAGUAAUGCAGUUAGGAUUGGCUCGCAUCAUUUCUGGAGCUGAUGUAUUUUGUGUUUAAUAGAUGCAGUCAGUUUUUCCAUUGUUAUGUGUUCUAUAAAGAGGUCUAUUUAUACUGAGAUGCUGAAUUUUUCCUGCUUUUCCAGAUUAGGAGGAUGGUUUUCUUGGCGAUAGUUAGAGCGAUGAGUACUAUUUGUAUCCCAUGGUUGGGGAGUGUGACUGAUGAAAAGUGCCCUAAUAAGUGGAGUGAUGGGGGGAGUGGAAUCGGACAGUCCAAUGUGAGGGACAGUUUAUCAGUGAUUUCUUUGCAACUGUGUUGUAAGGGUGGGCAGUGCCAGAUUGCAUGGAUGUGUGAUGUGUGUUAUGUGGUAUCUUGUACUGUUUGAGUUGGAGGUUGGGUUUAUUUAUCAUUUUGAAUGUGUUUGUACAGAUUUUGGUCUAGGAGUCAUUGUCUAGAGAUAAGGAUGAAUCCUUCUCCCAUUCUGCAGUAGGGAAGGAUAUUGUCAGGUCAGUGUUGGUAAGUUUGUACAGCUUCGAAUGGGCUUUAUCAUGUAUUGUGAGCUUUGUUAUUUCUUCUGUUAAUGUGGAUAUUUGAAUGUCUUUAAGUUAACCUUAUGUGUUGUGACUGAUUUGAGUUGUAGAUACUGGAAAAAAAAAAGCUUUGUGGCCUAUUCUGUAUUUGUGAGCCACUUCUUCAAAAGGAAUUAAAGCUGAGUUUUGGAUUAUUAAUUGGAGCUUUGUGAUACCUUUGUCUUUUCAAGUA